ACUUUGUCUCUGUAGGAGGGUGGAUAUGAGACUAUAGCAAGAAAGAUAAAAGCAAGCAAGUAAUUGGAUUUUAGACAUUGAAUGUCUUGAUUGUAAUGUUAGAAAUUCCAUGGAGAGUAAUUAUUUCAUUUUUCCUGCAGGUCCAGCACUAAGAGGAAGGGAUGGGGAUUGAAAAAUUACCAUGGCAUUUUCUUACUCACUUCUUUUGGCUUGGAGUGAUGGGAGUUGAUGCCUCGUCAUGGACUGCUGAGGUGCCCAAGUCCGUCUCAGGCCUACGGGGCUCAUGCAUCGUGAUUCCCUGCUCAUUCAACUACCCAGAACCAGAGAAGAAGCCCUCCGAAUUCACUGGCAUCUGGUUCAAAGGCACCCAUGAUACUAUAUACCACCCAGACAGCUCCAACAUCAUCAAAGACUACAGGGGUCGUACAGAGCUAGUGGGAGACCUCCGGCAGAAGAACUGCUCUCUCAGAAUCGACCCCCUCAAUGACAGUGACAAAGGAUCCUUUACUUUCAGGAUUGAAAUGGAAGACCAUAACAAGUAUUCAUACAAAGAGGACAAGGUCUCCAUUACAGUGAGCAGCUCUCCAGACCCCCCCUCUCUGUCAGUGAGGGAGGAGGUGAAGGUGGGGGAAGUGGUUUCUGCCUCCUGCUCUAUGUCUCACUCCUGCCCAUCUGAUUCCCCUCUCCUAACCUGGAGCCACUCCGGAACACCCAGUGUCCAAUCACAUCAGCUGACCAAUGUCCAGUGGGAAGUGACGUCAUCCCUGACCUUUAGCCCCAGCAGCACUGAUCACAACCAGUCUCUGGUCUGCACAGCAGCAUACAGGGGAGGGAAGACAGUGAAAAGUUUGAAAACUCUCAAUGUCAAAUAUGCCCCAGUGGAUGUGAAGAUUGAGGGAGUGUCCAGUGUGAAGGAAGGAGACUCUGUGGAGCUGAGAUGCUUCAGUGACAGUAACCCUGCUGCCCACAGCUACCACUGGCACAACAGUAGAGGACCUCUGCCCACCACUGGACCUACCAUCACACUGGAGAAUGUGACCAGACUCACUGAAGCCCUCUACUGCACUGCCAUCAAUAGAGAGGGACAAGGCAACUCCAGCCCACUGAAACUCAAUGUAGAGUACCCCCCUGAGAUCAAAGUGGGCUCCGCUUGCACUUCAGACAUCUCCAUGGUAACCUGUCUGUGCAUUGUGGACUCGGAGCCCCCCGGCUCCGUGGAGUGGUCUCUUCCAGAUGGACCCCUGUCCAACCGGUCCAGUACCAGAGUGGAGAGGCAUGGGUCAAUUACUAUGAUGACCCUACAGAGGGCACUAGGCUUCUCCGAGACCAUCCACUGCCAUGCCAGCAACACACAGGGCAAUGCCACCUUGUCCUUCACUGUGUCCACAAAUGAUAAGAUGUCGAUGCUGUACGUUUCAAUUGGUAUUGCUGCAUUAGUGGUGGUAGUAAUACUAAUUACCAUGUCAGCUUGCCUAUUGAACAAGAAGGGUGGGAGGAGUCAUAGGGACCCGUCAGUAACCUGCAAGCAGGAAGUGCAUACAGCCAAGUGUGCUUCCUCAGAUCCCUCAACUUCAAGGAAAGAGCAGACAGACACCAGCAGUGAAAUCCACACAAACUACUGCACCAACGAUCACGUAUAUGGAAACAUGGAGACUGAAGAGGAUGGCGACCCAUACGAGUGUGUUGAUGGAGACGAUGCAGUCUAUGCUAAUGUAUGAACACAACAGAAAGCAUGUGGAAGUCAGCUGGCCCAGAGGCAGUGGUACUCAGUUUGUCAAAGGUUCCAGUAAAAUAUUAACAUUUUAACCCAAUGUAG